GUGGAUUUUUUUUUCUAUAUAUAUAUACCCUCCCUCCCAUGUAGUGCCUCAUCGGUCACUUAGAAUUUAGCAUUUUCAAAAUCAAACAAACAAAAAAAACAAUAAUGGGUUCCCUUCCCCACGUAGUAGAGGAUUGCAUGGGCUUCCUCAAACUCUUUAGUGACGGUUCAGUUCACCGUUCAAACAACUUCAAAUUUCCUGUUUCCCCCAUUGAAGACAACUCCGUAUUCUUUAAAGACUGUCUUUUCGACAAAAAAUUCAACCUCUCUCUUCGCCUCUACAAACCAAACAACAAAAGUAACAACAAUAAUAGUAACAAACUUCCGGUUAUUAUGUUCCUUCAUGGUGGUGGUUUUUGUUUCGGCUCACGCACGUGGCCUCAUAUUCACAAUUGUUGUGUGCGUCUAGCCACAGGACUUCAGGCUCUUGUGGUUGCGCCAGACUAUCGGCUAGCACCAGAGCAUCGUCUUCCAGCAGCGGUUGAUGACUCCGUUGAAGCGAUUAGAUGGCUUCAAAGGCAGGGGUUAAGCCAUGGUUGUGGAGAGCCAUGGUUGACUGAUGACAUUGACUUUGACCGUGUGUUUAUUAUUGGUGACUCUUCUGGCGGAAACAUUGCUCACCAGCUCGCUGUUCGGUUUGGAUCAGAUCCAACGACUAUUGAGCCGGUUCGGGUAAGAGGUUAUGUUUUGUUGGCGCCAUUUUUUGGCGGGGAGGUACGAACCAAGUCAGAGGAAGGACCUUCCGAACAAACGUUGAAUCUUGACUUACUAGACAGAUUUUGGAGGUUGUCCAUGCCUAUUGGAGAGACUAGAGACCAUCCAUUGGCUAAUCCAUUUGGACCUGGUAGCCCAAAUCUUGAACAAGUGAAACUUGAUCCCAUUUUGUUGAUAGUUGGUGGUAAUGAAUUGCUUAAAGAUAGGGCUUCAAACUAUGCUACAAGGUUAAAAGGAUUAGGAAAAGACACUAAAUACAUUGAGUUUGAGGGUUGUGAGCAUGGAUUUUUCACGCAUGAUUCAUAUUCAGAAGUUGCAAAUGAAGUUAUCCAUAUUCUUAAAAGAUUCAUGCUUGAAACUUCUGCUUAGGAGACCAAUAUCAUCCCUAGAAAAUUAAUAAUCCAUAUUAAAGUAGUUUGUGGGAAUGGAUUAUGUCAUUGUUAAUUACUGUUUUGUAGUUUUAUUAGUAGUGGAGUACUUUGUAUUAACUACAAUUUUAUGUAUAAGUGUCGAUUGUAUAAGUUUUUUUUUUAUCGAAUGGAAAACUAUAAAAUUCACAA